AGUUAAUGUCUUGCUCUACUGGACACAAAGUUGAUGGUUUAUUUGCAGUUUCUGGAAUAUUUUGAAGAUGGGCAAGGUGUGUGCUGUCUUUGGAGGAUCCCGUGGGAUAGGCAGAGCUGUGGCAGAGCUCCUGGCACAGAAGGGCUGCCGCCUGGCCAUCCUUGCUAGGAACCUGGACGUGGCCCAGAGCACUGCCCGUCACUGUGGUGCAGGACAUCUGGCACUUAGCUGUGAUGUAUCCAGUGAACAAGAAGUCCAAAAGGCUUUUGAGGAGAUGCAGAGGAAUUUGGGUCCUAUUAACUACUUGGUUAAUGCAGCUGGGAUCAACAGGGAUGGUUUGCUACUGAGAACCAAGACUGAAGAUAUGAUAGCCCAGAUUCACACGAACCUUUUGGGAACAAUGUUGACAUGCAAGGCUGCUCUAAAGGUCAUGAUUCAGCAGCAGGGAGGUGCUAUUGUCAAUAUAGGGAGUAUUGUAGGACUUAAAGGCAACUCUGGUCAGAGUGUGUAUAGUGCUACCAAGGCAGGAUUAGUUGGAUUUUCACGCUCUCUUGCUAAAGAAGUAGCAAAAAAGCAAAUUCGAGUCAACGUUGUUGCUCCAGGCUUUAUUCACACAGAGAUGACAGCUCAUUUGGAAGAAGAUCAGUUGAAGAAAGCAAUUCCCCUUGGAAGAUUUGGAGAGCCUCAUGAAGUUGCACAAGCUGUUGUCUUUCUUCUAGAAUGCCCAUAUAUUACAGGGAGUGUUCUGGUUGUAGAUGGAGGCUUGCAGCUUAUGACCUAAGUACUGCCUUGAAUAAAGGACUGCUUCAAUGUCAUGAUGGUAAUAUAAAUAUAUUCUAAAUAAAGGGAGAGGGUUGGAAAUCGUUUGAAGAUUGAUGUACAUAAUUGACUUGGUCUUUUUUAGUCAGAGGAGAAAUUCAGCAGCAGUGAGGUGCAAUGUGUGUGUUUAGCUGCCUGAAGAGUCUGUUUGGUAUUACAAAGUCUGUGUAUGAAACAAUUUAAAAAAGAUCUGGUUUUGAUACAGUGAUAGCUUUAAUAAUGUGCUGAUAUGUUUUUAAAGCACUGUAUUUUUAUAAAGUCCUGUUUUCUAAUUUGGGAAAGAAUGAGAUUUUAUUUUCAUUAUCAUGUUACACAAAGGUUAAUAAAGUGCAGAGACAUGU